AUGACAGGCUUUGGCUGGUGCCUGGCCGCAUGUGCCGGCGCGGCCAAUGUGAUCGCCUUCAAGAACUGGGGUCUCUAUGCAUCCCACGUGACAGGAAGCACCUCCAACAUCGCUUUCAGCCUGGAAGGCUAUGAACAGGGCGAGUUUACGAACCAGACCUUGAGGGAAGCCUGCUCUUUGGUCUUCUCAUUUCUGGUUGGAGCAUAUGCAUGCGGCCUCCUCAUUGACAAGAACCAAGUGCACUUCAAUGGCAAGGCGUUCUAUGGCCUGGCUCUCAUUUUGGAGUCUGCUUUGCUGACCGCGGCAGCCUUUAUUCCAGGUCGCUUGGUUCCAGCAUGCUUCGUGGCCACUGCGUGCGGACUGCAGAAUGCCAUGUGCACGUCGCACUUCGGCGCCAUCGUCCGCACUACGCACGUCACCGGAACCAUGACGGACAUUGGCUCCACUAUGGGUCGCAUCAGUAUGAUCUACCUCCGGAAGGCUUGUCGCUGCACUCCACUGAACGCCAUUGAGCGUGCUGAAAUCGGCGUGGAUGCACGUAAGUUGGCAGUGCUUGGAGGGUUGUGGACCUUCUACUUGAUCGGAGGUCUCAUUGGCAUCUACGUGGAGAAUAUCAUCCCAGGCCCCAAGGCGCUGUUGCUGCCGGCGUCCGUGACUGGCAGCGCGGGCCUGUUCUACCUGGACUACAUCAAGAAGAUGGAGAAGGAUCGCUUCGCAGCAGACCUCAAGGAGGCCCAGGAUGCCUUGACCCACAUGAACCUGGGUUGCUGUUAA